AUGGAUUUGAUAACUGCUGUUCUUGGAGAUACAGCGCAACGACCUCGAGAAGAUUAUGUGGUUGUUACUGCGGUCACCAAACUAGGCAAUGGAAAGCCCAAAUUUUACUCAACGGCUGAAAUUAUAACUUUCUGCUGGCAAUGGCAUUUACCAGCUAAUCGUAUGUGGUUGUUCUCUACCAGGAAAUCAGUGAGAUCUUUAUUCGCUAAAUUUAAUGAACUAUAUGAAGAAGGAACUGCAACUUCAGUUUGUCAGGCACUUGAGGAGCUUGCGAAUUCGGUCAUUCCAGAACAAAAAAAUUACAUAAAUGCACAAGGCGAAGUUUUGGAGGGCCUUGUGAUUCGAACCGUUUUCCUUGUUUAUCAAUGUGUUAGUUGCCUUGAAAUUGAGCAAAUAAAGGCAGUGCUACAGAAUGUUGAUAGCAGUCUUUGCAACUAUCUAGAUUGGUUUGGGACUGAAGGGUCUGAACAACAUUCAAGCGAUCCCGACCCUUCUGUUAUAACCAAAUUUUUGCAAGCACAUCCAGCUGAUAUUUCAAGCUCAAAAUUGCAGAGUGGUCUGGACUUAGGACAGUAUGAUGUAAGAAUGAGGCACAAACCAGGAUUGUGGCCGCUCUAUCGAGGGUUGGUUGUAGAUGCAAACUUAUUUAAGUCAGAUAAGGUAGAAGGUGCUGACAUUUCCAAAAGUGAUCAGCACAUAGAAAGUUUUGACAAUGAUGUUGACCCAGGAUUAGCUGAUGUUGAUACGAAUCUGAUGAUGAAGACGAUGUUUCUUUCUUAUCAGAUACGAUUUUUGAUGAACUGUAGCAGGCCAAUUCUUUUCAAAAAUCCAUCAGCUUACAAGGCUUACAAGGUGUACUAUAUAAGAAAAAUGGAGAAAUGGAAGAUUCCAGAAGCAAAGAGAAGGGAAGCAAGCAAGAUCCUAGAUUACUGGGCAGUAGAAAUAUGCAGGAAAUCAUGCAUCAUACCAAGGUCUCAUCAGAACCUCGAUGAUGCUGAACCUUUUCUAAAGAAAUAUGCAGCGCUUAAUCCAAAGUGGAUGUAUAACUCUAGUGGAUCUACUCCUGCUGACUUUAGUCCAGGAGCUACUCCUCCUUCUGGAUCUACUCCUCCUUCUGGCUCUUCCCAUUCUUCUAACUCUACCAUUUGGUCUCACUCUACUACUGAUUCUAGCACUACUUCUUCUGGUUCUGCUCUUUGGUCUUCUUUUGAGAGCAGUGCUGAUGCAUUAAAAAUCGAUAAAGUAAAAAUCAAAAGUUUAGUGGACAAGGUGGAAGCCACACAAAUGGAGGACUAUAAUAAAGUAAAAUUUGAGAUAUGCUUUCUGAAGAGUUGUUUGGAGAAGUCCACAGAUGGUACAAGUAUAUUGCGUCCAUGUGUGACUUUUUUCCCGUCUGAGAAAAAUUGGGAUUGUGGAUGGAAGAACCUACAAAUGUUAAGUUCUUAUUUGAUGACCCAGCCAGAGGGAAAGCUAUUGUUUGGGGGAGCUAAAUUUGUGCCUGAUGUUGACUCUCUACUGCAAUGGCUUCAGAUUGCAUGGGAUGAAGGUUUUGAUUAUGCCGGAUCCAUAGAAUUUAAAAGGAACAGUAAUGGAGAAAUGAAAAAUUGGAUUGGGGCAGGAGACUGUGCUACAAUAUUCCGGUAUUUUGAUAUUCGUGCAAAACUUUUGUCAUUUGCAGGCAAGGUUGACUGCUUCAUGGAGUGGGUUUGGGAUUAUUUCUCAUACAAGAAUACCAUUAAGGCAGACCCCUAUCAGCACCGAGUUAUUAUUGGCGACAAGGCGCCAUUGUAUUUCCAAGGAGAAGGUCAUUCCAAGAUCAUUAUUGGAGUCGAGGCUCAAUACCAUGAAGGGGUGUGUUCAUACAAUCUACAUAUUUUGGAUCCGGGAGAGGAGACAUAUGCAAAUCCAGCUUUGAUGGGGACUCCCGAAUGGAAAAAUAUGAUCAGAAAAGGGAUGAACAAAUUCAAAGGGUGUCAAUAUCAGGUUGCUCUUAUUCUUGACUUUUCAUCUUGA